AUCGCAAUAUGGCGAGCUGUGAAUUUCGACGGCCAGCACGGCGUCCAAACUAGGAAUGGUAUUGCGAGCAUAUAUACAACGUGCCCUCCCUCUCGACGACUCUUUCGCCCACAAGGCGCACAACAUCUCCUGUUAACUUAAUGCCGCACCGCUGUAAGCCAUUUCUCCCCGGGCAGGGCAAGCCACUUUGCCUCCAGCCGCUACGAUAAGAUGUGAUACGAUGUUCGAGCAUUCCCAGCACCCGAGAUUCGAACGGCCUUCCGCGAACACAAAGAAACCCCAGCCUUUGCGUUGCUAACCUCGCGGUGGUGGACAUUCAGCUGGGCCAGGCCGUAUAUCCCUCCACGAAACCGGGUCAUUUUGCCAUCAUUCGCGGCUGGUCACCUUGUCGAGAUACUGUGAUGGGCUCCGAGCAUGAUAUAUUUACGAGUGGAUUUAGGGUAUGCCCCACAUCCUGUGUAUCAUACCGGCAUUCGAAUGCGGAUCUCCCGCACCCGCGCCAGCGCAGGGUAUGAUAUGAUGCGAUAUCAUACGGUAUGGUAUGCGGUGUAGGGUUCAUGGGACGCAAGUAACCCUUCACUCCACCCCAUCUCGCCCAUAGAACCCCACAACCCCCAUAGCCAUAACGACACCCCGUACAGAUCCCAUCCCAGAAUGUACACGCUUCCCCCUCUCUUCUACCUGAUCUAUGCUGUCAUGGAACCCAUCUCCAUGUAAGUUACGUGUCAUACCGGUGCCCGAGCAGCCAAACCCCUGAACAGCCCCCCUUUUGACACUCGUUUGAGAAGACGCUGCUGAUACGAGGGACCCUCAGGCUUUCAGGCUUCCUGUACAUAAUCAUGUCUCCGGAAGCCUUCCUCGCCGAACAGAUGCCUCUAACCCCCGAACAGACGGCCACCCUCACCCCAAAUGCCAAGGCCAGUCUCCUGCAACUGGCGAAUUGCUACUUGCUGCUCUCAAUGUGCUCCACCGCCGUUCUCAGGAGCGCUGGGGAAGAAUGCGUGGUUAGAAGGUUCCUCUUUGCGUUGCUGCUCGGGGAUAUUGGGCAUGUGUUCGUGCCCUCCUCCGCUGCUCCUGCCCUGGGCCAGUAAGGCUGACGCGUCGUUCUCGGAGGCUCACGGCAGCUACUUCACCUAUGUCGCUGUCGGCGCCGACUACUUCUUCAGCCCCUCUGAAUGGAAUCUUCUCACCCAUGGAAACCUCACUUUCACCGUAAGAGCCGGCCCCCGAUCCCCCCGCUCCCGACAGGUCUGACGGAUGCUCCAAGAUAUUCCUAUUCCUCUCGCGCUGCGUAUACCUGCUCGGCUGGGGUGGCGGAAACGCGCGGUCCCAGGGGACCAUCAAAGCAAAGAGCAACUGACAAGGAGCAUCGCAUCCGGAGCCCCCGUAGUGUACGAGUACAAGUAGGCUACUCCUAAAGAUAGCCGGCCCGACAGCGGCAUACCAAUGGCAUGAAGACAAUCUGAGACUGUCGUUUUAUCUUG